UUUCUUGUACGGAAAAAAAAGCAAAAAAUACCUGAGCCGCUAGCGAAGGCAAUUGAUAGCCUUGCAGACGUCCACCUCCAAGGCCUUUGAUAAUCACAGCCUAGGACAAAGCCAUUCGCAUAAAUAGACGGAGCUGCUCGCACAUAUUCACGUAUUCACACACAAAUCAUAGAAGCGACUAGUGCCUUGCAAUCGUCAUGCACCUCACACACUAUCUCACGUUUGUCGGAGCGGCAGUGUUGGUGGUGCAAUUCAAAAAAUCACAGGCUUUUAAUCUCGGACGGAAUGUUUCUUUCAUCGCCAAUUUGGAUGAUCGUAACUCUCACGAUGGCCUAACAGAUAACGUGGAACGUGCCCAGGAGCCAGCCUCUCAAAACAGCGAUAUCACUCGUGAUGGUGAUUCGUUUUCAGAAGUGGGCGAUCGUUUAACGGAGCAAGACAACGCCAAAAAGAUAAUCGACGGACCCUUUUUCCGGCAAACUGUUGAACAAAAGGGAUUCUCCAACGUGAUUUUAAGCUCGCAAAUCGACAGCUUUUUGGCGACUACCCAGAAACCAGCCGUCGUUCAAUCACCGGCAGUCGACAGCAGGAAAUCCAUUGACAGGCCGUUCGGUGGCCUUGAUGACAUUUCCUCUGAACUUGGCGAUCGUGUUGCAUUUCCCGUUAAUCAAGUGGCUGACGGCCGCGCCUCGAACAAGGACACACAAUUGAACGUUGUCCGUUUAAGACAUUCUAACGAACGCGACGACGAAGACGAUAGUUUAGAAGUUCAAUUACGUCCAGUGAAAGAUGGCAAUCAACUUUCUCUGGAACGCGAACGAUCGCCUGUUAGUUUAGACGCGACGGAUUUCCACAACCUUCGUGACAAUGAAUUCUUAAUUCACCCAGAAUCCGAAGAUUGGUUCCUCGUUAAACAGUACAUGGACGACGAUUACUUUCGCAACGCGGCCGAAGAAUUGGCUGGAGAAUAUUUCUGGCAGCCGGUCAAAAAUUCAAAGAGGUUCGAUUCAGAAUCAGCCGAGGAGUCGAACGAAUCGAAUUAAUUCAUUAUACACGCCCACUAGUGCCUGCCGACGAAGUGCGGCCAUGUUCCUAACGCCCUCGAUGAAACCUCCAGCAAAUUGUAGACCUCUAUUAAAUAUUAUUACGUGACGACGUUCCAUUAUGUAAAUUAUAGAUUUUUCGGCCGGUUGUAUAUCAUGUAUUUUUUUCCUCUAUCAUUCUUCAUGUCAUUGUUUGUACAACGAACAUUACACAUUGACUAAUUAUA